UGAAGCAGGGACACGCAUUAUAAUAAAGUAAUCAGCGGAUAUUUUACCAUCCAAAGUAAAACGUCAACAAUCACUCUCCGAAAAUGAAGCUGAGAACAAAUCACGGGUGUUGAAUAUAAUUCUCGUGAAUUAUAAUAUCUUGAUGAUUAUAGAUUUUACGUAACUUACGAGAUUUGCAAUUGCACCAAAAAAAAAAACAAAAAAAAGAAAGAAAGAAAAAGGUAACUUACUAGACUUAGUGAUACGUAUAAUUCUAUAAUUAUGAUUAUUUUUCUUCCGAACAAUCAAAACUCGACUUUCGGUGGGAUUAACGAACGUCAUUGAUUCUGACUUUUGUGUUUAUUUGCCUCAAUUUAAAGGGUUUGAAAAGUAACGGCGACUUCGAGUAAACAUUUACAACAAAUCGUAUGAUUGCCUUAUAUAUACUUUUAUAACUUUCCUUCGUUCUAUAUUAUAUGUUUAUAACUGCUUAUCAUGUUAUAACCGGAUUUCAUAAAAUUGGGGCUAAUACACAAGAUCGCGGUACUUUUGUUUACAGUUAAGAGAGUACAUACAAAAGUGCCCUCUAAUCCAUGUUAAUAUGAAUUUGUAUAUGCUAAGAUAAACUAUAAGUAAAUCUAGUUUGAGUCUUUGGGAUCAUAUAUUAAUUUAUCUGCUCUUGAAAUGACUUUUUUCUUGUACAUGGAAGAACAUUUGACUUUUGUAAAAGAUAAUAUCAAAAUCAAUUCAAAAACCGUAACAUUUUGGAAAUGCAUUCAAACCAUUUCAUUUUGCAAAUUUGGAAAUGCAUUAUGGGCGCAUUUAAACUCUUAUUUUACUUUGCAAUUAUAUUUCUGACUUAGGAUAACGUAGAUAAUGAAAUAUGUCUUUUGUCAAUCUAAAAUGUGAAAAAGAUGAAAUUUUGGAAAGUUGAUGCUAAAAUUGUAAUUGGUUGUCCUGGAUUUACACUAUGUUAAAGAUUUUUUCAACAAUUCAAAACUUAAAAGAAUAAUAACGUUCCCAACUCCUAGCCCACCAAAGAAACUUCUAUAAAUACGUUAGCCAAGAAAAUGCUUUCUUUUACGACACAAUAAGUUCCAAAACAAUUAACCACACAAAUACAAAAUGAAUAAAAUGUCCUUCUUUGGUUAUAGUUUCAUCGUAGUCGCAUUAUUCUCCGAUUUAACUCAAGCCUAUCGUCACACUCCCGCUCAACCGCCAAAAGCAAACGCAAAUGGUGAUGUCAAGCCGCAAGAAACGCUCGCGGUUCACAACAAGGCCCGAGCCAUGGUCGGAGUCGGACCAAUGGUGUGGAACGAAACUCUUGCGACUUAUGCACAAAACUAUGCACACGAAAGAGCCAGAGACUGUGCCAUGAAGCAUUCCUCGGGACCAUUCGGCGAAAAUCUAGCCGCGGGUUGGGGAACAAUGAGCGGUCCGGUUGCGACUGAGUAUUGGAUGACGGAGAAGGAAAAUUACGAUUAUGACAGUAACACGUGUGGCGGUGGUGAUGGUGUGUGUGGACACUACACUCAGAUCGUGUGGCGUGACUCGGUUCGAGUCGGUUGUGGCUCGGUGAGGUGUAAGAAUGAUGAGUAUAUUUGGGUGAUUUGUAGCUAUGAUCCUCCGGGGAAUUACAUAGGUCAACGUCCGUAUUAAUGAUUAAAUCAUUUUAUACCAAAUUAAAAAAAAUUACUACGGUACGUCAUGUGAUUUCAAGUAAAAAUAAUACUAUAAUGUUUUCUGUUCU